AUUCAGUUGAAUUGAUCAAAUAACGUAAAGCCCAUAAUAAAGAAACUAAGUAUUCCGUUAUCRCUCCGAAAGACAUCCUUUACGCCAAACAAACUGAUCUAUCACCACGUAAACUACCGAGAUGUCAGGAGGACAGCUAAAUAACACCGCCUUGGCUAUUAUCUUCUUUACCUUGUAUUUUGGGAUCCUGAUCCUGGUACUUUUGGCCGCAUAUUAUUUCAGCAUAAAAGUCAACACUUCCUUUACGCUGAACAUUGAACAAGAUGAGGAGACCGCUGAACACAAUGUACCAGGAACAAGUUCCAGACUGAAUAGCUCUACUCCUGAUCCUAUCGCUGAACCAGAAUAUGCAGAAGUUAAAAACGUCUUUGAAGAACCCAAACCUCAGCCAAUUCUAGCAGAGCCCGAGUAUGCCAUGGUUGAUAAAGCAAAGAAGAAAUCAAAGAAAAAGACGAGCACUGUAAGUACCGGUCUUGGAACACGUUCUUUGGCACAAGACACCGAAAUAUCGGAGUACGCUACCGUCCAAUUCUGAUUCCAAUCCUUUUCCUGGUUCUCUGUUUUGUAUUAGCGGAAAUUACGGCGACAAUUAGCAAAGGAAYCGAGCUGCAGAAUGAAUGACACGCUGUAAAUAUAAUAAAUACAGCUACWUGAUUAAUAGCGGGUCCGUUAGCUCAGUCGGCAGAGCGUGGUGCUAAUAACGCUAAGGUCAUGGGUUCGAGCCCCAUAYGGACCAGUCUAUAUUUUUUGGCUUUCRAUAUUUCGUUUUUCGCUUCAAAUCAUUUUCUUUCUUUUCAUUAAGUUAAGUAAUGCCUAAUGCACACCUAUUUAUCCCAAUUUUGUCUGGGAAUUAAGAAAAGAAAUAAAUUUGAAAAAUGGUUUAA